UCAUGGCCGGUCUGUGACCCAAAUGACGAACACAAUAAAGACUGGACCGUGGCCCGCCACCACAGGCUUAAACAGCCCCUUAACCCACCAAUCCAGUCUCAGUAUGAGCUCUUCAUCUUCCACAGGACCCACUUCACCAUUGACCACAUCCCCACAACUCUCCUUCACCUCUGUAAUUUCCUUCUCCGUCUUUUAUCAUGUCCAUCCUGUGAUGAUUAUUUAGGCUCUUCGUUAGAUUCAAAUUCAAAUUCAAAUUUAUUUGGGCUCAAGGAUGAUAGUGGAAAUAAAAUGGAGCAACAACCAGACACAAAAUUGGUUGAAGAGACUGUUGCAGUGGCGAUGUCGGAGACAACUUUCCGAUUCUUCGUGCUAAAUGCUACAAAGACUACUGUUCGAAGCAAUCCAUAG